GUAAUGAAAAGCGUUGACCUCUUGAUGACUUCUUUUUCCCUGAGCUAAACCAAGUUUUCUCGUGAAAAAGUUUCAGGAAUCUUCCAAAGAUAUGGAAGAACCACGUCAACCAGAAUCUCUAUCCAGCUGCCGUAACGUUUCAGACGUCGCAUACUAUGUGAGGAACAAGGUCGAACUCUGUAUUCAAAACUACAUGAGCUUGGAAGUUACCUCCAAGUAUCUUGAGAAGACUUACCAGAUUAGUAAAAGUGUCACCCACAUUGUUUGGGAGCAGCUUCGAGAAGAGAAUCCAGUUUUCUUCAUUAACUUCGAGUUUAGAUGCCAAACGGCUCUUCAGAUGAGGUUGUUCAAUGAUAUGCUGACUAAGCAAGCUGUUCGGAUGUUCAAGGAUGGGCUUAUUGAUAUUUGUGAUGCUUCACCUUCUGUUAAGGCUUUUCUUCGUCGACAACACCCUGAAAGAGUUGAUCUUAUGGAGACAUCAGCUUCCAAGAGGAAGCUGAGUUCUGCAAGCUUAGCAAUGCCUAAUGCAAAUGGUCCAUCAGUUGCACAGUCUCAGAAUCCUUAUGACCAGCACAAUCAAGUCCUUAAUCCUGCAAGCUUUGCAAUGCCUAUUCCAAGUGGUCCAUCAGCUGCUCAGUGGCAGAUUCCUAAUGAGCAGCUAUAUGAACACCUUUAUGCUUCAAGGUUACCACUGUCUGAUGCAAAUGGUCCAUCAGUGACACAGUUGCCUAUUCCUUAUGAGCAGCAAGAUCAGCACCUUUAUUCUACAAGUUUACCAUUACCUGUUGCUAAUGGUCCAUCAAUGACGCAGCUGCCUAUUCCCAAUGAUCAGCAAAAUCAACCCCAUCAGGAUCCAAGCUCUGCAUAUAAUGGUAACUCUCUUGGAGAUCCAGCCUUUGAACCAGCAGAUACUGAGGAUUGGAUGCUACUUCUUGAUCCUAAAUUUGCCGACCUUGGAGUUCUACCACCAUUCCCACCAGAAGAUACUACUAAUCCAUGGCCUUCUUCAUCUGAUGAUCUUCCCUAUACUGAUCCUAUGCCAGAAGACUUCUCCGCGUUUGAGCUUGGAGGCGAUAUAUUAGAAGGAAUGCAUCCCAAUGAACGGCAACAACACCUAAACGGACAGUACCAACCCCAUUGGCAGCAGCAGCAGCAACAAAACCUCCAAGUAGAAGGAAGCAACGGGCUGGCAAAUGGAGAAAUCACUGAUGAACUGUUAUGUAAUAACUUUGACAUAACCCAAUCAAUGCAAAUGGAUACAAUCGUUCACCAGCAACAAGCAGGAGGGGUAAACCCUCACCAUCUUGAGUCUGAAGCUUUGAACAAUCGAGAUAGUGAAGCAACACUAGUAAUGCAGCCCAGUGAACAGCCACAACACCAAAACGGACAUUACCAGCCGCAACAAAACGUCCCAGUAGAAACGGUGCAAUAUGGAGGAAGAAGCAACGGGGUGGUGAAUGGUGAAAGCAGUGACCAACAGUUCUGUAAUAACUUUGACAAAAACCAUUCAAAGAGAAUGUUGUGUACAAGCGUUGUUGAUGAGCAACAAGUAGGAAGAGUCAAACGUCAUCAACCUGAGUCUGAAGCCUUGAACAAUCCUAAUAAUGGUGAUGGGACACAAACAAACCAGCAAAGAUCUCCAGAGGUAAGAGCAACGUCAAGGUCCCUGAAAGAGUGGGGAGCAAUAUGAGAGGGAACAGUAGUGUUCUUCUUCUUGUUUUGUCAAUUGAAUACUCUCCAUUAGAUUUAGAUGAGCUUUCUUCUUCUUCCUGUAA